AUGGACGAUGACGCAGUGGGCGCGAAGCUGAUCGGCAAGGCCAUCGUGCCGACCGCCGUGCUCUCCGGAGACGCCCCCGUCUCCGCGUGGUUCGACGUCGCCACGUCGGGGCGCGCGCAGCCCGCGCAUCCCGCGCAAGUGCGCCUGUCGCUCCGCCUCGCGCCCGUCGCGAAGGACCCCGCGUACGGGGCGGGCUGGGGGCGCGACUCGCGCGUGGAAGACGCGUAUUUCCCGCUGCGGCGCGGGUGUCGCGUGACGCUGUAUCAUGACAGCCACGUGUCCUCGUCAUUCGAGGCGCGAGCGACGCUGGAAGGAGGGAGGACGUACGAGGAGGGGUAUUGCUGGGAGGACAUCUGCAGGACGAUUCUAGACGCCCGUGAGGUGAUCUACAUAGGCGGCUGGUCCGUGAGCACCAAGAUCGCGCUCAUGCGCGACACAACGCGUCCGAUGGCGGAGCACGGGGACAUGCCGCUGGGCGAGCUGCUGAUCAAGAAGGCCAAGCAGGGCGUGCGCGUGCUCGUGCUCAUCUGGGACGACCGCACGUCCCUCAACAACGCUGCUUUCAGAACGGUGAGACGGGAGGAGGGAGGUGCCCACACGCGCGUGCUGGCGCUAAUCUGGGACAACUGCACGUCCCUCAACAAUGCUGCCUUCAGAACGGUGAGAGGCGCUGAGGUGGUGUCGCAUGGUGAGCUUUCAAGGAGGUGGCAAGGAGGUGGCAAGGAGGUGGCAAGGAGGUGGCAAGGAGGUGGCAACGAGGUGGCAACGAGGUGGCAACGAGGUGGCAACGAGGUGGCAACGAGGUGGCAAGGAGGCGGGCAUGAUGGCCUCGCUGGUCGAGGAGAGCUACUCAACCAGCGGCUUGUGUGUGCAAGCCGCUCGCACGCACACGUGCAUGCACAUAUGUGUCUCUGUGCGUUCCCCUCAACCCCCGCAAACACUCGGCAGGCGGGCAUGAUGGGCACGUUGGACGAGGAGACGUACUCCUUCCGCCACACCAAGGUCGUGUGCUUCAAGAUGCCCCGCAUCCCCGACAAACGCCUCUCCUGGGCAAGGAAACAGGUGCUCCCGCUCUUCCUAGACCUGUCGGUGGGGCGGUACGACACACAGGAGCACCCGCUGUUCCGCACACUGCACGCGGAGCACCAGGGGGACUUUUACCAACACAACGUCAAGUGCAAUGUGGAAGGCGCAGUGGCCUGGGACCUGCUCACCAACUUGCCACCCCCGAUCCCUUCCCCAACCCCUCGGUACCACCCCCAACCCCCCCCCCCAAACGUUCAGACAAAACCCGACACAGGACCGAGGCAGCCAUGGCACGACAUACAGUGCAAGGUGGAGGGCUCCAUCGUGUGGGACCUGCUCACCAACUUCGAGCAGCGCUGGCUGCGCGCCACCAAGGGCGCGCGCGCCUCCCCCAGGAAGCGCCUGCACCGCGGGGAUAUCAGGGCGUUGCAUGGCAGUGCGGUGGUGCUGCAUAAGCGGGGGUAUAGGAUGGGGAGGCGGAGCGUGGUUGGCGGGGAGGAAGGGCGGGGGUAUUGGAACAGGCGUGUGGUUGGGAAGUGGGGGGAGAGAGGGGAGGUGGGGAGGGAGGAAGGGCGGGAGAGUGGGAGGGAGGAGGUGAGCGUGGAGGGGAGGGAGGAGGGGAGGGAGGGAAGGAGGGUGUUGGGAGAGCAGAGCAAAGAGAGGGAACGAUGGCAGGGAGUUGACCCAGCAACCGAGCAGCAGCAGGCAGCAGCACCAGAGGCUGCAGCACAGGCAGCACCACAGCCAGCAGCACAACAAGCACCAGAGGCAGCAGCACCGGAGGCAGCAGCACAGGCAGCAGCGGAGACAAGGCGCAGCAGGAGCAUAAGGGAGACAGUGAUGCGGAGGCUGCACACCCUGAGGGGCGGCGUGGGGAGUGGCGCGUCUGGCGCUGCUGAUGCUGCGGCUGCGAGGGCUGUUGCCGCUAGGGUUGUGGAUGCUGAUGACGAUAUGAGUGUCAUGGCCACCGGGGAUGAUGACCCCGAGACGGCUGUUGCCGCUAGGGCUGUGGAUGCUGAUGAUGAUAUGAGCGUUAUGGCCACCGGGGAUGAUGACCCCGAGACACACUUCAUCUCUCCUUCCCACCCUCUCCCCUGCCCUCUUCCACCCUCCCUUUCACUGUCUUCCACCCUCCUCCCUCCCUCUCCCUGCCCUCGCCCCCCUCGCCCCUCACGCCCAACCCUCUCGCCCACCUCUCCCGCACCUCUUCUCCCCACUCAGUCUCUGGUGGGCGACAAGGGAGUGACAGUGGAUCGCAGCAUUCAAGACGCGUACAUCGCCGCCAUUCGCCGAGCGCACCACUUCAUCCACAUCGAGAACCAGUACUUCCUGGGCUCCGCCUACGCGUGGCCGUCGCACCAGGGCAGCGGUGCGUGGCACAGCAUCCCCAUGGAGAUGGCGCUCAAGAUUGCGAGGAAGAUCAAGAGCGGGGAGCGCUUCAGCGCGUAUGUCGUCGUGCCCAUGUGGCCCGAGGGGGACCCGAAAGGCGCUGCGACGCAGGAGAUUCUCUUCUGGCAGGUCAGUGACUCUGGGAGAAGGGGGGAUGGGGAUUCUGGGGGGGUGGGGUUUGGGAUUCAGCGCUCGCGCACCAUGGAGGCCAUGUACCGUGUGAUUGCGCGGGCUCUAGACGAGGUGCAGGCAGGGGCGGGGGGAGGGGAAGGCAGGCCUUUUGCACCCUACCGUACCGUCCUACCUGGCCUUUCUCCACUCCUCUCCACCCAUUUCCAACCCUCUCUCUCCCCCCCCAUUCCCCCCCAGUCGCGCACCAUGGAGGCCAUGUACCGUGUGAUUGCGCGGGCUCUAGACGAGUCGCGCACCAUGGAGGCCAUGUACCGUGUGAUUGCGUGGGCUCUGGAUGAGGUGCAGGCAGGGGCGACGGGAGGGGAAGUUCUGGGGCAGGAGGGGGGCUUCUUCUGCCUGGCCAACCGGGAGCUGCCAUCUGGCGAUAUCGACACCGCUGCCGCCCCUGCCCCUGCUGCUGCUAGUGACACCGCUGGUAACCGGACCGAGGGUGGUAACCGCAACAGCAACAGUAACCAGGCGGCGUCUCCCCGUGCGUCUGAUCAGCACCACAUGCCAGCUCUGAGCAGCGACCCUGUUCUUAACUCGGUGUUGCAGCACCGGAGGGAAAUGAUCUACGUGCAUGCCAAGAUGAUGGUGGUGGAUGAUGAGUACGUGGUGGUGGGGUCAGCCAACAUCAACCAGCGCUCCAUGGACGGGGCGAGAGACACGGAGAUGGCUGUGGGGGCCUACCAGCCACACCACACGUGGAGCGAACGUGGGCACGCACCCAAGGGGCAGGUGCAUGGCUUCCGCAUGGGCUUAUGGGCCGAGCAUCUGGGAUUUCUCUCACCCAUCCACGACCACCCCUGGACUUUGGAUUGCAUGCGAGCCGUCAACCAAUCAGCGCAGGACAGCCACGUCUACUCGCCCUUGCUUUAUGAGACACCUUGCGCCUCGCCUUUCUCUUCGUCUCGACUCACCCCCAUACCAUUUCCUCCUCCCGCCGUCGAUUUCGACCGUCGCGACGAUCCACGGGACCGGAUCUUCUCCCGUGAAUCGCGCGUGUUCUCUGCCAUGGCUGCGUCACGACCCGUUCUUUCGCCUCUCCUCGCCUUUUCGCGAAGGAUCCUCGCGACUUCUCCCGCCGCGCCGAUCCUCCCUCUUGGCACUUUAAUCGGCGCGCGCUGGCUGCAAACGGGGUCAGCGCCGUCACAUGCGGCGGGUUCAGCGCCUGGAAGCGGCGGCGCGACUCCUCCCAACGACGAAGGGGUUGAGACGCACGACGAUUUCAAACCGCAGCUUAAGGCAACCGAGGGGGUGCUGCCGGUGCAUGUUCAGAUUCAGGAGGACAUCAAGUCAUGCCCGGUGGUGGUGUUCAUGAAGGGCCUGCCAUCCGCGCCCAUGUGUGGCUUCAGUGCUGCUGUCGUGCGCGUGCUCGCUGCUCAUGGUGUGGACUUCAAGGGAGUGAACGUUCUGGAGGAUCCAGACCUCAGAGACGGAAUCAAAUCUUUUAGUGAGUGGCCCACUAUCCCGCAGGUCUAUGUGAACGGGGAGUUUAUUGGUGGCUGCGAUAUCGUCAUGAAGAUGCACCAGUCUGGCGAGCUUGCUGAUCUGCUGAAAUCGGUCAAUGCAGCGCCUGCUGGAUCUUGA